AUGUGGAUUCAACAGCUUUUAGGACUCAGCCUCGCAGGGAGCGACCACCUAGCCAGACUCCCUGAGACCAGGGCCGGCCAGCGCCCGCCCAGCUCGCCCAUCUCUUUGGGCAGUGGUGUCUGCCGGGCGCGCCCGCGGCACCCAGAGCCAGCAGCGCAGUGUCCUGGCCGCCCGCCCCAGCGCGCCUCCCCUGGGAGGGCCUGGGACGAGCCGCACGAAUCUUUGGGCGCGGCGGACUCUGGGACCCUAGCGAAGAUCCUCCUCAGCGAAAGCGCCUGUCUAGUCUGUGCCUGGGAUUCCAGGACCAUCUGGAGAGACCCGGGUGGGGUGCAGAGCCCUAGUUCCAUGUCCAUCCGCUGGCCGGGCCGCUCUGCUGGAAGCCAUGCUUGGAUACUGAUAGCCAUGUUUCAGCUGGCCAUCGAGCUCCCCAUGUGUGAGUCCCUGGGCCCGGGCCCUGAGUUCCGGCUCCUGCUGCGCCCACCGCCCCGGCCGCCCCGUCUGUGGAGUUUUAAGAGUGGACAACCUGCGCGGGUGCCCGCGCCCCUGUGGAGCCCCCGGCCACCCCGCGUCGAGCGGACCCACGGGCAGCUACAGACCCCACGUGCCAAAAGGGCGCACAGACCCAGAGACCAGGGGGCCCCCCUCGUGUCCAGAGGGGGCCUGGCCAAGCCCCCGGCCACUGCCAGCUCCAGCCCUUCCCUGGCCUCCUCGGCCACGUCCUCGCCACCCACGGCAAGUGGCGGGGCCACGGACCCCCAGAGCCUCCUGAGGAGAGGGAGGCGACACCUCCAGGGUGGUGGCUUCGGUGGCUUUGAUUUCCGAGGCAGCAGGCCCACCACCGAGACAGAGUUCAUUGCCUGGGGGCCCACGGGUGAGGAGGAUACCCUCGAGGCCAACACCUUUCCGGGGAUGUUUGGCCCCACCACGGUCUCCAUCUUACAAACCCGGAAGACGACGGUGACCACCACCACCACCACGACGUCCACCACGGCCACCCCCUUGACCCUGCAGACUAAGGGGCUCACGGAGUCCCUGGACCCCAGGAACAGGGUCCCCGUGGGGAUCAGCACAACGGCGCCUUCCACCAGUCCCAGCAACAACGGGGGAAACACCGAGCCCCCGAGGAUUCUGGGGGAGACCUCAGGUCUGGCUGUCCAUCAGAUCAUCACCAUCACCGUCUCCCUCAUCAUGGUCAUAGCUGCCCUGAUUACAACUCUUGUCUUAAAAAAUUGCUGUGCCCAAAGCGGGAACACGCGCCGGAACAGCCACCAGCGGAAGAUUAACCAGCAGGAGGAGAGCUGCCAAAACUUGACCGACUUCACGCCCGCCCGGGUGCCCAGCAACCUGGACAUCUUCACCGCCUAUAACGAGACCUUGCAGUGUUCGCACGAGUGUGUCAGGGCAUCCGUGCCCGUCUACACCGACGAGACGCUGCUCCCGGCGGGCGAGUACAAAUCCACCUUUAAUGGAAACAGACCCUCUUCUUCUGAUCGGCAUCUUAUUCCUGUGGCCUUUGUGUCUGAGAAAUGGUUUGAAAUCUCCUGCUGA